UUUUAACAUUGUCAAACUCCGUUGUCAAACACCUUUUCAAAAUUCUGAUGUAAAAAUUUACUCCACAAAAAAAGUAAUGAAGCAUUUCAGCGAUGACAACAUUUCGAAAUUGUACGGGAAAAAACUGAAACUGACUGUAGAUAGUUCGAGUUCCUCGCUAAAUUCGUAUCCAGGAGACGAGGACGAGGGAGAAUUGUACCAUCAUUUCGCUAAUAAACGAAUUUGCGCCAUGUGUGAACCACUGUUCAUGAAUUCCUUGUCCGAAGUCGAUAGAAACUUCAAGAAAUUGCUAAUAAAGUACAAGCAGGCGAUAAAAGAUGAGGUCGAAAGACUGUUCGAGGCAAAAGGCAGUAAACAGUGGUGCAUGAUUUGCGAUCCUGAACUUAGUUACGAAGUGAAGAGGAUUCAGAAUCGAUACCAGCAUCUUAUAGACAGUCAUUUUUCCAGUUUGGCGCAAAAAACAUCCAAAUUUCAUAACACGAAUUUUUAUAAUCGGUUCACUUUAAAAGCUAGCAAAAGGUAAUUUGUAUUUUGUCUUGUCCUAUAAUGAGAUUAAAAGAGGUUCUUUAAUUACUUUUAUACUGUUUUCAAUUAGCUAUGAAAAAACGUUCUAAUUGUAAUUUUAAUUAGAAUAAUAACAAAUGUAUGUAUGUAGCGCCUGUGACAUUAAUCUAAAAUAACGUUUCAUUAUCUACAAACGGAAAAAAUCACCAAAAAAAUUACCAG